AUGGCGACAAACGGCACUACCCAUGAGGUGGAAGCUAAGCUGAAGAACAAUCGUGCCAAGGUCAUCGUUGACGCCGCCGCAGCGGGAGGAUAUGCCAUUGCCGCCGUCUGCUGCUAUAAUUUAGAGGCCAUUAUCGCCACAGUUCGCGCAGCUGAGUCUAAGCGAUCGCCAGCCCUAAUACAGCUUUUCCCAUGGUCGGUCGAGUACGCCGAUGGCCUCCUAAUACACGCUGCCGCAGAGGCCGCGGAUAAGGCGACAGUCCCCAUCGGCGUGCACAUGGAUCAUGCACAAGAUCCCGAUAUAAUUAGGCGAUCUGCGGACUUGGGCGGUUUUGACGGCAUCAUGGUCGACAUGAGCCACUACGAGCGCGGGGAGAACCUGCAGCUGACCAAGGAACUCGUCGCCUACUGCAACGCCCGGGGCAUCAUCACCGAAGCCGAGCCGGGCCGCAUAAACGGGUGUGAAGAUGGCAUCGCAGAUACGGUCGAUCUGGAGGAGGUGCUCACGACGCCCGAGCAAGCAGAAGAAUUCGUGGCCACGGGAAUCGACUGGCUCGCACCUGCAUUCGGCAACGUCCACGGACCGUACGGGCCGAAAGGUCCGCAGCUCGACUUCCCGCGACUGGAACGAGUGCGGGCGGCUGUCGGAGACAGAGUGCGAUUGGUUCUGCACGGCGCCCAUGAGGACUAUUUCCAAGCGGAGCUACUGGCCAAGUGCAUAUCUUAUGGAAUGGCCAAGGUGAAUGUCAAUGGGCCGGUAAACGCUGCUUAUACAAAAGUAGCGGCCGAGUGGACUGGCAAGGUGCCAUUGACCACAGUGAUCGAGAAGCAGACCAAGGCGAUGCAGGACGUUGUAGAGUAUCACAUGGACUUCUUGAAAUCAACGGGGAAGGCGGCAUAG